UGCGCUCUUCACAGGCGCGGAAGAAGAAGAGGAGCACACGGCUGGAGUUUGUCUUCAAACGCGCAGAGAAACUCCGAGCCUGCUCAGAGAGCUAAGCCGGUCUCGGUGUCCGGGGGCUCUGGGGGCUGUUUCCGCUCAGUCUGCUGCCGUACGGGCGGUGGGGUUUACCUCUGGAGCUCGAGCUGCUCGUCCUAACAACUCCGAGAAGCGGCUCGAAGUUGUGCGUUGUUGUCGUGCCGAGUGAGCAGCAGCGGGAGAGGAAGAGAAGAGGAGCUGCCGGUAACUACGCUUCCCCCGUCACUGCCAGGUCACUGAAUAUGGACCACAGACUCAUCUUCUCUACGUUGGAGGCGGUGUGUGUGGAGGUUAUCUCUGCCCUCUCUGGUCAGGUCAAUCUGUUGUACAAUGAUGCCACCAAUCAGCUGUUAGCAGUGAUGAGACGUAUUCAGGAGCAUGGCCGUGCUGUGGGGGCGCUGGUCACUGGCUUCGCUGCUGUGUACCACCACUAUGACUUUGAUACAGAGACACCUGGGAAUGGAUUCCGUACAUUAGUCAAGGUGGUACACUCCUGCGUUCUUUACAUAAUCCAUAAGGGCCGUUACAUUGCCUCCAGCUGUGGGGGGGUGUUUUUCCGGGUGGACCACAAUGCAAGUGAAAUGGAGGCGUACUGCACGGCUCUGUGCCAGCUACGAGCCCUGCUCUACCUGGCCCAGCGGUUACUUAACGACAACGAACAUGGGCAGCUCUACUCUCAGGAGGGUGACCUGAGUGAGAGGUUUGUGAAAGAGUACACAUCCAUGCACAAGGCCUGCUUCUAUGGCCGCUGCCUGGGAUUUCAGUUCUCUCCCUCUCUCAGGCCUUUCCUGCAGACAGUGGUGAUCAGUAUGGUGUCCUUCGGAGAGAACUACAAUAAACAGCAGAGUAGAUUAGGGAGGGCCGCUCUCUCGAUCUUCACCUCUGGGAAGUAUGUGGUAGACCCUGAGCUGAGGGGGGCCGAGUUUGAACGUAUCACUCAGAACCUGGAUAUGCAGUUCUGGAAAACGUUUUGGAACAUCACUGAAACCGAGUUGAUCUCAGGUCUAGCCAGCAUCACGUCUAACCCAGUGCAGGUGAAUCUGACUCUAUCUGUUCCCGGAGAGUCACUGAGUUUGCCUCUGGCCUCAGACCCAAGCCUGACGGUCACUGUGUCCCCUCCAGUUGCCCACUGGGGACCAGGCCCUGUGAACAUGCGCCUCAUCUCUCACACACUUCGAGAGGGACAGGACAGUGCAGAGCUGCUGGCACUGUCUCGCUCUGAAGGGCCUCAGCGGUCUCUCUCCAUGGGCUUCAGGAACCAGGGAAGAUCUCCGUCUCCGUGGCUACUCAUCCACUUUCACGGGGGAGGAUUCGUGGCACAGACAUCCAGAUCUCAUGAAAGUUAUCUGAAGACCUGGUCAAGGGAUCUGAAUGCACCGAUUCUUUCUGUGGAUUACUCUCUGGCCCCUGAAGCCCCCUUCCCUCGAGCCUUGGAAGAGUGUUUCUAUGCUUACUGUUGGGCCUUAAAGAACUGUCACUUACUGGGCUCAACAGCAGAGCGUGUGUGUCUGGCGGGGGAUAGUGCGGGUGGAAACCUGUGCCUGACAGUCUCAAUGAAGGCCAUGUCUCACGGUGUGCGAACCCCUGAUGGCAUCAUGGCUGCAUACCCAGCCACGCUUUUGACAACAGAUGCUUCACCUUCCCGGCUCCUGACCCUCAUCGACCCACUGCUGCCUCUCAGCGUGCUUUAUAAAUGCAUCAAUGCUUACACUGGUACAGAGAGUGAGUCUGUGCAGCCAAUACAACAGCUGGACACUCUGAGCGCUCUGGGCCGGGACACAGCAGUGUUGCUAGGGGACAUCACGCAAGGAGCCUCCAACUGGCUUCAGUCGCUACUCAACAAUACAUCUGCCUCAUCACCACCAGCAACUAGAUCAGCCAACGGGCCUCAAAAUGCAGUGCCUCAUUCUGAUGACACGCUACAGUGCUCUAAGGAAUUCCCUGAAGGCUUUGAACCACUGCGUUCUGGGUGUCUGGCAGAGAUUAGGACCCCCUGCACCCCCAUAAUGAAGAACCCAUUUGUGUCUCCUUUACUUGCACCGGACAUUCUUCUCAAGGGACUGCCACCGGUGCACCUAGUGGCUUCGGCUUUGGAUGCCCUGUUGGACGAUUCUGUGAUGUUUGCCAAAAAGCUGAGGAGCAUUGGCCAACCAGUGACCUUGACGGUGAUAGAGGACCUCCCACACGGCUUUCUCAGCCUAUCACAAGUUUCUAAAGAGACUCAGGAAGCAUCGGACAUCUGUGUGGGACGAAUCCGAGAAGUCUUUGAACAGGAAUCGCCACCUGACACGCACAGGCAACCGAACCUCAACCACAAACACAAUACCAUGGUUGGGUAAGCUGGACGAUUAGGAACAACUGAUGUUUCUGGAACCAAGGAAAGUAGCUUGAUAAGCUAAUAAAAGUCACGGAAAACAGAGUGAGAAGGAAUAAAUAAAGGGACUGAAAAAAAAUAAAGGGAAGAAAUUUGAAUCAAACUAGAAAAACACCUACACAUAACUGUUCACUUAUCCACACACUGCAACAUCUUAAAGGAGCAUUCUACCAUUUAUACUAAAAGAGCAUAAUUUCUAUUUUGUAUUUCUAGUUUUCAAAAUGUUUUUUGUGAAAUUUGUGCUUCCAUAAUUAGGAUAUGUAACAAUGACCUCACAGGCUUCCAGAGAGAAUAGAGCAACCUUCAUGUCUGGGUUCACCAUGGACUUCUACAAGUGCACACAUAAGAACAGCUCAACAACACCACAUCCUCAGGUUGUGAAUUUAGAAUAAAACUGCUAUUCAGUUAUUAGCUUGGUAGCUGAUUUUCUGGGGUGGGGCUACUCUAUUGUAGCUACCAACAAGAGAAAAAAAAUAAAUUUAAAGCACAACUUACAUUAUUCUGUACCUUAUUGCAGAAUUGGUGUAUAAAACAGUGAUGGUAUGUGACCGAAUGGCCAUGUAAAUGCAUAAGCCGUCAUGCCAGGGUGAUAGUGGCUGCCGAAAAUUGGUGAUGACAUAAGUAGAUCUUUGUCAGUCUCUUUUGUCAGGCCUCCCCAUAGCAUGUAUAAGACUACAAAUAUUCGUUUUUUUUAUCAGGUCUUACCAUAAGAUAAGAUAGAAAUAACAAUUAUUUUAUCAGUGAAGUUUUGCGUGGUUGUUUAUAAGUUUGUAUGCCCCAUGAAAACCUAUGUAUGAUAAUUUUUCUUACUUCAGAAGCACACAUUUCAUAAAAACCACCUUAAACACAUUAAACAAUGAAAACUAGAAAAAAAGCUCCAAAAAUGUUGCCCUACAGUGGACUGCAGUACAUUAAAAGCACAUUUAAAAACAGAGUUGGUCUUCAAACCUCUCCACAUUUACUGAAUGUCUCACCAGCGUAUCGCCAUUGUGCUUUCAGUGAAGCUCUAAAAUCCAUCUAUGCUGCUGGACUUACCUUUACUGACAUUAAUCUUUUAUACUUUUUCUUCAAAUUAUAUCUAUAUUCUGUUGGGGUUUAUUACCCUUUAAAUACACUGUGAGUGUAUCGAACAUCGUAGGUAGUUUUAACAUUUUACAGGCAGUAGUUUGGAGCAUGGAUGCUCAAUCUUGGUCCUGGAGAUCCACCUCCCUGGAGAGUUCAGAUCCAACACACCUGGCUCUCAUAGUCAGAUGCUCCUGAAGGUCUUCAUUAACUGAAUCAGGUAUGUUUGAUUAAAGAUGGAACUAAGGUGGGCAGGGUGGUAGAUCUCUUGGACCAGGAUUGGGAACCCAUGGUUUGGAGGAAUGCUAUUGCACCAGCUUCUGUGUGGGGGGAUUGCUGCUUCAACUGGAUUUACAAAGAUUUACUAUACCAAAAUGUCUGAAUGGGACACAGUGGUCAAAACAUGCAGGGCGUCAUGCUUCACCCCAUUGUGCCCAUUCACUUUUUAGAUGUGUGUUGUUUUAAGAUGCGCACAAGACAUUACAAUAACAAUUCAAAGCAUUUAGGGCAUUAUUUUCACAUACCGUGCAGUGUUCAUGGUAUGGCUCUAUUUAAUGAAUGAAUGUAGUAUUUUUAAUACCUCUUAACAGGCUUAUAAUGGCCUAUGAUUUCUAAGCUGCUGUAAAUAUACAUCUCACCUUUAUAUUUAUACUUCUUCUUGUAUUUAUACUGUUUGAGAUGAAUAUUUUCAUAAAUGCCUAAUAUUUCUACCUUACACCUAUUGCUAAUAAAUAUCUUUGUUUAUUCAAAUAUGGGUUGAAAAUAAUAAAACAGACUGACAGUGUUUGA